AUCGGCAAUUAAUGCAUCUCCUCCCACACUAUAAAUAAAACCAAACUUAAAACCCAUCCCUCCAUGAUCACAUUAUUAUUUGGAUUAAGGAGCAUGAAGAUCACCAAUCUCCUAAGAUGCUACUUUUUUCUUUUCCUAGUCUUCUUCAUCUCACUCCCCCUUGUCUCGCACUCCCAAUUUCUGAAUUUCCGGAUCGCCAAGGCCUUCACAGCCCUGCAGGCCCUUAAGCGGGCCAUCACUUCCGACCCUAAUGGGCUUACUUCCAAUUGGGUCGGCCCAAACGUCUGCAACUACACCGGGGUCUUCUGCGCCGCCGCGCCCGACGAUGAUCCCCACCACGCUGCCCUAACCGUCGCCGGCGUCGACCUCAACCACCGCGACCUCGAAGGUACCCUCCCCGAUGAGAUCGGCCUCCUAUCAGACCUCGCCCUCCUCCACCUCAACUCCAACCGCUUCCACGGCGCCCUCCCCCUCUCCCUCGGAUCGCUCCACCGCCUCUUCGAACUCGACCUCAGCAACAAUCGCUUCGACGGCGGAUUCCCGAUGGUCGUCCUUGAUCUUCCGUCCCUCCGCUUCCUCGACCUCCGAUUCAACCGCUUCUGUGGCGACGUGCCGCCCUGCCUCUUCGAUCGGAAACUCGACGCCCUGUUCCUCAACAACAACCACUUCACCUUCUCGAUCCCGGACAACUUCGGCCACUCGCCUGCUUCGGUGAUCGUGCUCGCCAACAACCAGAUCUCCGGGUGCCUCCCCGCCGGGCUCGGCGACAUGGCCGACACGCUGAGGGAGCUGGUAAUCCUCAACGCCGGAAUCAGAGCGUGCGUCCCGCCGGAGAUCGGGCGGCUGAGGCGCCUCCGGGUGCUGGAUUUAAGCUACAACCACCUGAUCGGGCCGCUUCCAGCAACGAUCGCGGCGAUGGCGGAGCUCGAGCAACUCGACGUGGCGCACAACAAACUCUCCGGCGCGAUCCCUAGCGGGAUAUGCAACCUUCCAAGGUUGAAGAACUUUACCUACGCCUACAAUUUCUUCACCGGCGAGCCGCCGCACUGCUUGAGGAUUCGAAGCCACGACGAUCGAAAGAAUUGCAUACCGUCCCGACGCGACCAGCGACCGCCGAUGGAGUGCGCGACCUUUCUGUCGAAGCCGAGAUUCUGCCACGACGGAUGCAUCGCGUCGCAACCGCCUCCGCACCCGUGGCAGUAAACGUCGAUUGCUCCUCGGCCGCAGCCGCUACCAAUAAUAAUAUAGACCGUUUAUGUUGUAUUAUUUUAUGGGAGAAAAUAUAUAUCUCACUUGAUAAUUUUCCUUACU